GAAAAGAAAGACAUGGCAGAAGAAGAGAGAAAUCAAGUGAAGAAGGACCUGGAAGAGAAGGAGGCUGAAUUGAAGAAAGCAAGUGAAGAGCAGCAAGCACUUGCCCAGCGCCUCCAAGCCCUGGAGAAGAAGGUGAUCGUUGGUGGAGAGAACCUGCUGGAGAAGGCAGAGGAGCAGGAACGUCUGCUGGAGGAGAGCGCCAGAGAACUGGAGGAGAGGAAGAAGAAAGAAGAUGCUCUUAAGAAAGCCAUUGAAGAGAGAGAGGCUGAGCGUCUAGACAUAGAGGAGAAGUAUUCCAGCUUACAGGAAGAGGCAGCAGGCAAGACAAAGAAGCUGAAGAAGGUUUGGACAAUGCUCAUGCAGGCAAAAUCAGAGAUUGCUGAUCUUCAACAGGAACAUCAGCGAGAGAUGGAAGGACUGUUAGAAAAUGUCCGCCAACUCAGUCGUGAGUUACGACUACAGAUGCUUAUCAUCAACAGUUUCAUUCCACCAGAGUAUCAGGAAAUGAUAGAGCAGUAUGUGCACUGGAAUGAAGAUAUAGGGGAGUGGCAACUGAAGUGUGUAGCCUACACUGGGAAUAAUAUGAGGAAACAGACACCACUGCCUGAGAAGGAAAAAGAUAAACUUGCAGAUUUUGACCUCUCUCAAGUCUACCUAGCCUACUCUGCAGAGAGCGCAGAAGAAGCCAUGAGACCUAAGACUGCUGGGAAGGACCGACCCAAGACAGGCCGACCCAAGUCUUCGAGAAAGAAGAGGAAAGAAGCAGACAUUGAUUCCCUUCUCCAGUAAAUUAGACAGAUCAAAAUAACACAAAUUUGAACUAAAUUCUCACAUGGAAGAGAAGCAGAGCAGAGGUCAUCUACAUAUUAAAUUUCAUUUAUUAUAACAUCAUUAUUGAGUACAAACAGUAUGUGGAUUUAAUGUUUUGUGUAUUUGUAGAUCUCAAUUUAAUAUUAUUGUGCUCACUGGCAGUUUUAAAUGUUGUGCAUGGUU